AUGAUAUCAUCCAUAUCAUUGACACCAAGUAUCGUUUUCAGGUUGAGCGGUUUUCCAAGUGACCUAGUACAGUGUCUCCAGCAUUUCGUGAAACGAAUUGCGGAUGCUUGCCUAAAUUCCAGAUCUUUGGAGGAACAGAAGUUGGGGGCCUGA